AUGGAAGAUCCAAACCGUAAGCCUACCAAGGCCCAUGUCUGUGUGCGUGUGCGCCCAUUUACCGAGGCGGAGGCGAACGUCUGCCCAGAGGAUAGUCCUGUCCCGCGCGAGGUUGUUGUGUGGGACUGUCACCGCAGCUUGACCGUCCUUGAUGCAGCUAACGGCUUUGUGCCGCGCAAAAACGGUCAGUUUGAUAUAGACAAUGUGCUGUGGUCGUUUCGUGACGAGGAACGGCCAAAGAUGGUGCUGCACACGCAGAAGGACGUCUACAGCGCGGUGGUUGCUCCCAUGAUCCCGCAGAUUCUAGAUGGUUACAACACGGCGUUUUGCGUAGCCGGUGCCACUGGAGGCGGUCGCGUCUAUUCGCUCUACGGCGAUGACGUGGAUGGCCUAAACCGUGGCAUUCUUCCACGAUUUGCAGAGAAUAUUUUUAACGCAUUUAAGCGGGAAAAGCAUGAAAAUAUUAAAAUCAACUGUGAGAUUGAGGCGGUCGACGUCUCGCCCAACGAAACCUACGUGGAUCUGCUCGCACAGCGCCGAAGGACUUGUCCGACCACUGCUGUCGAGGAGCUAAAACUCGUCCACGAUGCCACGGAGGGAAUUAAGUUGCAGGGCGUCACACGGGUGGAGGUGGGAAAAGCAGCCGAUGUUCUCAGUGUUCUGCGGCAGCUUUCACGUGUGGUACCGAAGCGCAGCGGCUGCCACACGGUUCAUUUUCGUUUUGUUGAGACCUUUGACUUCGCGGAUCCAGAGCAGCAGGAGCAGGUGGUGUCCAAGUCCCGCCGCAUCAGUGUGCUCUUCGUCCUGCUGCGCAACAUGCCGGCCGCCUUCCAUCGCUGCAUAGACGUGGCGGUGGAGCACGACAGCGGGGAGAACCCGCUCGCGAAGGUUCCAGUCCGCGAAACGGCCUUUACAAAACUAUAUCCGGAUCUCUUUCAGCAGGGCUACAAUCUCUCCUUCCUCUGCUGCGUCAGUCCCUUCUACGAGCAUGCGCGCGAGAGUGUCCAGACCCUGGUCCUGGCGACAAAGUUUAUGAAGCUGAAAUGCAGACCGAGGCUGAUGCACGACGAAGCGCUUAUGGAGCUGCGGAAUCUUUCGGAGGAGGUGAAGAACCUCAAAACGGAGGUGGUGAAGCAGAUGGAGUCGACACAGAUCGUGCAGCAGGAGCUCAAUUUACGUGAGGUGGAGCUCAUGAAGCAGGAGGCUGCCCACCAUGGGGCAGAGCGAGCGCUGCGAAAGGCGGAAGAGGCCAUUGCGUUGGCGAGGCACGCCAUUGUGUUAAACCGAUACCGCACGGAGAGGCAGAAGAAAAAUUUUGAACAUGAACAUAACACCAAGAUGAAAAGGCUGAGUGCGGCAAGGGCGGAAAAGGAAGAGAUGGACAAAUCCCUCGAGGAGGAGAUGAAGCGCAAGCAGCAGCUUGAGGAGGUAAAAAAGACCUGGGAACGGAAGGUGGAGGCGCGGGCGGAGAAGAAUGCGGCGUUUGAUGCCCGUCUUAAGGCCGAUGAGGCAAAAGAGAAGCAGAUGGAGAGGAUGCAGAAAUUUAUCGCCGCCUCACAAGAGGAGCGGCGUCGCAUCCUUGCGGAAGAGACGAAGGAGAAAUUUCUCAACGGUGCGGCGGCGCACGCGAAUGAGCUCACACUCCUACGGGAGGCACAGAACAAGGCGGAUGGCCGCUGUCACGCACUCGAGAAGGACUACGCCGUCGUCUCCGCCGCAGAAAAAGGAACGGUGGAGAAUGCGGAGGUGCAGAAAGAGAACGCACGACUGAAAAAGGAGAUUGUGGACGUGGAAGCGGAAAUCGUGCAUUUGCAAGCAGAGAUUGGCAAGCGACAACCCGGCUGUCAGUGCGUUUUCAUGUAG